AUGGCCGCCCAUGUCGUUGCCGUUGCUUCGCCGCCCGCGUUGCCAACAGCCUCCCCGUGUCAAGCCGGCAGGUUCACGGGCUCCGUCGCCUUCUGCUCCUUCGACUACACCGCUGGAUCGAGCUGGGGAGCCGCUCCAUUAUCGCCGUCUCCUUCAUCUUCGCCGUCGGUCUUCACCGCUGCCCCGCCGUGGAUCCGUGCUCCGACGCCUCCCCGAGCCUCCCCCAACGCGCCAUCGACCUCCGACGCUCGACUCCCUGUUCGUCUGGUUCUGGCCGUCGCUGCCGCCGUUGACUCCUGCUUCACGCCUGUUGCCGCCACUGCUGCUGCCAAACGUCGCGGUCGUUGCCUCUUGCUGCAACCCACGCCCCCGCAAGCCCCCCAGCCGCCGCAACCGAACGGCCCCGCGCUCGCGGCCGCAGACCCGAGCUCCGCCGCGCCGGCGCCGCCCCUUGCCGCUGCUACCCAGUCGCACGCCGGCCAACCCGGCCCCGUCCCGUGCUGCCUCACCCUGGCCUCGCUCUGGCCGCCGCCCACGCCUGCGCCCGCUGUGGCCCAGCCCCGCGCCGGCCGCGCCGACACGCCCCUGACGCCCAGCGCGCCCCUUGGCCGCGAGCUCGCCUGCGCCUGCUGCCGCUUGCCGCCGUCCGCGCACACCGGACGCACUCGCUCGCUGAUGCGCUGCUUCUGCCUGCGGCCGCUGCCGCCAGCAGCUCGUUGCUCGCUGCCUGCUGCUAGUAGUGCAGCGCUGCUACAGUAA